ACGCAGCUCGAACAGGCAUUAACUCAAGACUCGAUAAGACAAUUAAAAUCAUAAUGCAGGGCCCUUUUGCUUUGCUCUUCUUCCCACACACUCUCUCCCCUCUGUGUGCCAGUCUCUGUGUCUGUUUCCGUCUAUGCGCUUACGAAUAUGCAGCGGCAUCCAUCUCCUCGCAUGUAGUCCAAACUUCUGCGUAUCCCUCCCACCGGCAGCACGAGACCGUUCAGGACAGCCAGCUGGCCCUGCCCUAUAGAGCCUGCCUGCCAUCUCAAUCUCAUCUCAUCUCAAUACUAAUCUCAUCUCAUCUCUUUCAUAUCCCAGCCUAAGUUCUAGCGACGCAUCUCCCAGUACGUGCAUCCUCCAUC